CAGACAGGUGUCAGCUGUCUUUAACUAUUGCUUUUUAGUGUUAGCAAUGUGUUAACAUAGUGUCAGAAUCUCCCAAGAAUCCAUUGGGUGACAGUGUACCCAAAGUAGCAAGGAGGGUGCAAUUGCACAUCUCUCCCAGACCCCGCCGAGAGAUGUGGCUGCUGGAAAAGAUCCGCGGUUCAGUGGAGGGAAAUGUUCUCCGGCAGGGAGACUCGGCUGACAAACACAGCAAAGCCCCAACCUACAGCAACGUCCUCACCCCUGACAAGAUUCCCGAUUUCUUUAUUCCGCCCAAAUUGGUGUGCUGCCCCCCAGAAGAGGAGACGCCCGAAAUGAAGCCAAAAAACGGGCUCCAUUCUUCCACGUCCGAGCAGACCAUAUGCUGCAAGAUGCCACAGGGCAGUCCGCGCAGCCCGCGCCUCAUUAACAAGCUGGCUGGAGACACCAAGAACUUGCUCAAAGCUGCAAACCGCCACAUCAUCCAGGUUGAGAGCGCAGAUGACUUGGUGGUCGGGGAAGUGGGCGACCUCAACACAAACGCUGACCCCCAGUCCCAGACGGCCAUGUCCUUGCCCUAUGUACCCAAAGCGCAAACCUCCUACGGUUUCGCUACGCUCAUGGAAAGUCCUCACACGAGACGUAAAGAGUCCCUCUUCCAUAGCGACCCCACAAGUCCGCUCACCUCGCCCAACACCCAACGCAAGUCGCAGGGCAACCACUUAAACCCCAGUGACUGUAACACCUCCCAUUCCAACCCCUACCGGUACUUCAGCGGAGGGGAGAGCGACACUUGCUCCUCGGCCGAGUCCUCCCCGUUCAACUCCCCUCUGUUGUCCCGUUCCGCAUCCCUCCUCAAGAUGUUCACCCACGAAACCAAAGCCAAAGUGUCCCGGGCCAAGCGCUCCUUCGGCCGGCACAGCUCUCUCUCCACAGAUGAGUGCAGCUCUGUGGAGACCAGCCCGAACAUUCAGAGGCGCCUCCGUUGCCCUCCUUCUCCGGCAUUCCGAGGACGGAAACACGGAGGCAACAUGGAUCGCUUCACGCAGCACACCAUCAACCUCCACAAGGGAGGAACUCUACGCAUCUGCACAGACUACGACAUCGACGCCUCCAGGCUUCACGUCCGCGUGCUGGCGGCCGAGGCUCUCUACGAUAAGCAGUACGAUGCGAAGAGCAUCAACUGUUGCGUGGCUCUGUACCUGAACCCGGGAAAGCUCCAGAAACAGCGGAGCACCAUUAUCAAGAACAGCCGCAACCCUGUCUUCAACGAGGACUUCUACUUUGACUCCCUUCCGGUUGUGCAGGUGAAAAACCUCGCCAUCAAGAUGAAGGUAGUCAACAAAGGCACCAGUCUAAAGAGAAAUACCUUAUUGGGAGAGAGGGAGGUACCCCUGAAAGAGUUACUUUCUGGGAUCUAGAGGUCAGAUGUUGUCCUCCAGACACACCAAUGCGGUCUCCACCUAACAGAACCAGACAAGGAAAUAUCCCAGCUUUGAGUCCUCAAAGUGAUUUGGUCCCUUUGGUUGCAGAACUCUCCAACUAACUGUGUGCAGCUUCCCAACAUGUUUACCAGCAGUGAGAGUGAAUGGAUGUACAGUACUGUAUGUGUGAGAUAUUCUGUAAAUUUGGUUCAUGAGUGUACAGGCAUGCUUCGAUUGUAUACAUGUGAGUUCCCAGGGUUUGUGUUUGUUGAGACCAGUGUCUUCUUGAUUCCAGACCCUGCUGGGUCUCACUGUUGGAGACACAGAUAGAUAAAACAGCUCCCCAUCCACAUGGCAUAUCUUGACAACAAAAGCACAUUAUUGUAGACUGACGCUUUGAAGUCACUUAAGGCCAGAUGCAAAUGCAUGCUUCAUCAGCCGUUUGAGCCUUAAAAUGACGAGAAUGACAAAUAUAUAUUUGUCCCCCAUAUUGCUAUAAUAACAGUGUUUUGCCUUAUGCCUCUUUAAUUCCGCUCUUGAGACUGUGACAUUUCUCUCAAUCUCACUGUAAAACUGGACUUUUGAUGUUUGUUUUUUUUUCUUUUUGAACGCUGAAUCUGUGAAGUUAAAAACACCCUUCAGCCUUAUUGAGUGACAAGCUGCUCACUUUGAGUGACACUGAACUUUUUAGAUAGGGAGUGAUUCAUGAUUGGACAGAGCAUAUGACAUCAUCAUGAAUGUCAAGACAAUGUGAUUUCUGUAAAUAGAAGGCUCUUUUAAAUCUGCUUCUGUGUAGCUGCAUCUGAAAUCGCUCCCUAUUCCCUAUAAUGUUGACUAAAUAUUACGCAGUUUGGAGAAAGAGUUCAAAAUACUACUGGAAACAAAUGUGCCAAAAAUUACCAUGGUAUUACCAUGUUUUUUUGGACAUGCUUGUGACAAUGCUAUGACAUUUUUUGCAGUUACUUGGAUUGGCAUGGGUUCUUGGGCAUGUACCAUAGUUUUGACAUUUACCACGGUGAUUUAUAUGAAAAUGGUAACCAUGCAGUACCAUAGUAUAUGUCAGAGUAUUGUAGUAUUACGAUACCUGAUCUAAUACCUUUGCUUUACCAUGGUAAUAUCAUCGUUUUUUGGGCAUGUACUGUGGAAAUACCUUGCUUUUGGACAAGUACCAUG